UUUAGUUAUAAAAAUGUACAGUGCAUCAAAUUUAGAAUUGGGUGUCAGCGAUAUGUAAAUUCUAGGGGAGGUUCUCUAUAUUACAUCCUGCACUCAUCCUCCUAAAGUCCACAGCUCAACUGAAGAGACGCAGAAGUCAAAAUGGAACUGGAGGGCAUUUAUAAACAUGUUGCCCGCGAGACCUGCAGCAAGGGCAAUGAGCAGGGACUGGGCAGAGAUGAAGAUAUUUAUGCUAAUAAGGACCAAAAACUCAGCCAGACUGAAGCAAGAGCUCAAAACCAAAGAGGAAUUAAGUGUGUUGUGUUGAGCACAGUAUGCUUUGGCCUCAUGUGUAUUCUCCUUGUGGCCGCCAUUAUAGUACUGCAUAUCAAGCUCAUGGCAGAGAGAGAGACACAAGCUACGCACAUGUUACAGACAGGUUCAAGUUACCAAACUGAGAAGGACCAGGUACAAAACAGCAGCUCUUUGAGUCAGAAGAAUCUGGAGCUGGAGACCAGAGUCAAAGAUCUCACUGCUGAGAAAAGCCAGUUACAGAACAGUUUCAACUCUCUGAGCCAGAAGAAACUGGAGCUGGAGACCAGAGUCAGUGAUUUCACUGCUGAGAAAGGUCAGUUACAGAGAAAUUUUGACUCUUUGAGUCAGAAGAAACUGGAACUGGAGACCAGAGUCAAUGAUCUCACUUCUGAGAAAGGCCAGUUACAGAACAGUUUCAAAUCUUUGAGUCAGAGGAAACUGGAGCUGGAGAGCAGAGUCAAUAAUCUCACUGCUGAGAAAGUCCAGUUACAGAGAAAUUUUGACUCUUUGAGUAAAAAAAAUCUGGAACUGGAGACCACAGUCAGUGAUCUCAAUGCUGAGAAACGCCAGUUACAGAACAGUUUCAACUCUUUGAGUCAGAAAAAACUGGAGCUGGAGACCAGAGUCAAAGAUCUCACUGCCGAGGAAAGACAGUUACAGAGCAGUUUCAACUCUUUGAGUCAGAAGAAACUGGAACUGGAGACCAGAGUCAUUGAUCUCACUGCUGAGAAUGGCCAGUUACAGAACAGUUUCAACUUUUUGAGUCAGAAAAAACUGGAGCUGGAGACCAGAGUCAAAGAUCUCACUGCUGAGAAAAGCCAGUUACAGAGCAGUUUCAACUCUUUGAGUCAGAAGAAACUGGAACUGGAGACCAGAGUCAAUAGUCUUGCUGCUGAGAAAGGCCAGUUACAGAACAGCUUCAACUCUUUGAGUCAGAAGAAACUGGAACUGGAGAACACAGUCAAUGAUCUCACUGCUGAGAAUGGCCAGUUACAGAACAGUUUCAACUCUUUGAGUCAGAAGAAACUGGAGCUGGAUACCAGAGUCAAAGAUCUCACUGCUGCGGAAAGCCAGUUACAGAGCAGUUUCAACUCUUUGAGACAAAAGGAACUGGAACUGGAGACCAGAGUCAAUGAUCUCACUGCUGAGAAUGGCCAGUUACAGAACAGUUUCAACUCUUUGAGUCAAACGAAACUGGAGCUUGAGAGCAGAGUGAAAGAUCUCUCUGCUGAGAAAAGCCAGUUACAGAACAGUUUCAACUCUUUGAGUCAGAAGAAACUGGAACUGGAGACCAGAGUCAAUGAUCUCACUGCUGAGAAAAGCCAGUUACAGAGAAGUUUCAACUCUUUGAGUCAGAAGAAACAGGAGUUAGAAAGCAAAGUUGCAUCUUUGAAAGAUGAACUAAUGAAGAAAAAUACUAAACAAGUUUGCUUUUUCCUAUCCAAUGAGUCAAAGAGCUGGUCUGACAGCAGGCAGUACUGCAGGGAUCAAGGAGCUGAUCUGCUCAUUAUCAAGAGUGAAGUGAAGCAGAGGUUCAUAUCUUCAUUUGUCAAGGAGAGAGUGUGGAUCGGUCUGUCUGACAUUGAGAAUGAGGGCAACAUGAAAUGGGUGGAUAAUUCACCACUGAAUCAAGGGUUUUGGCUCAGAGGUGAACCAAAUGACGAAGGUGGAAGUGAGGACUGUAUUGAACUGAUGCCUGAAAAUCCCGUCCUGAACAACUGGAAUGAUCUGCCAUGCUCUGUGAAGAGAAAGGGAAUCUGUGAGACUUGAAGUUCCAACCUUAAAUGAUAUUUGAUCAUUUGUUCACUUUUAUGUAUUAUUUUAUGGAAUCAUUGUUAUUGUAAUUGCAGAAUUUCUGAUUGAGGUUUCCGUCAUGUCACUGCGAGUUUUGGAAUUUGCUUCUUUAUAUUAACAUGAAUAUUCUUGUCAUUUGAGGUCAAACAUAAUGCUUAUGAGUGGUUUACCUACUUGGAGGUGCUCGCCCCAGCGGAAAAACCAUAGGCCUACACUGUUGCCAAAUCGAUUACAGAAUAAACCAUCUAAACGCAGCUGAGGCCAAACUAAUCAACUAAAUCAAAUUGACCCAGUCAACACAUGAGAUCAUGCGAUGAUCACAGUGACAUCACAUCAUUCUCAUACUGUGAUUCUCAAAAAGGUGACCUAACUUCUAAAUAAAUCAUUAACUAGUCUAUUUUGCAUGUUUAUAUACUGAUCUUUUACAAUUUUAUUGCUAACACUUGUCAUAAACACCUUGCAAAACUUUUAAUUGGCUUGAUAUAAUCCCUCAAAAUUUGUGUCUUGCAUUUCACCAUGCUUGAGUCACACCCAGACUUCAACAUUCAUCAUGCAAAACACAAUGGUAACAAUUGAAUUUUAUUGAAAGUAAAUAAUCAAGUAAACUCUAUGUUAUUUUUUAGUUACUAGAACUCUUGUGUAAGUGAACUAUACUAAUUAAGCAUUUGUCAGUACAUCAUACUAUUCCUAUUUCACUUUACUUUACUUUUUUUUUUUUUUUUUUAAGGCAAUCGGUUUGCGUGCUUUUUAAGUAAGUCUAACUAAUUAUAUUUCCCAGUGUGUAAGCUCAUAGUUUGAGCACACAGUGAGACGCUGUAAGGUUACACGUUUAGCUUGCUGUGACCUCACAUUGUGACCACAUCAUGAGUAUCCUGGGAGUUAAUGGUGAGAUAACUGUGAGAUCAAAUUGUUGACUGGGAACAAAAAUGUAACUAUAAUUGUAUAGGUUACACUUUAUUUUACAGUAUGUAUACUUGCAGUGUAGUUACCCAAGAAAGUACUGUAUAGGUAACUACAUGGGUUAAGGUUAAGUUCAGGGUUAUUAACUAGUUAUAACCCAGUUAUUAUAAUUGCUUUAAUAAGUACAUAUAUGUACAUGUUGGAACAGGACUGUAAAAUAAAGUGCUACCACUGUA